UGCAGAAAUGAAUACAGCAUGGACGGUGCCAGUCACUUAAAGUCGCUGCAGAGCUCAUGAAUUAGAGAAAUGUGUGGAAAGCAGUGCCUUCAGCAUCAGGGGACAUUUUUUAUCAAGCCUGAAGAUUACUGUUAACAUUUCCACUACGCUAUCGAAGAGAGUAACAUUAAUGUUAGUGUAGCGAUAAGCUAACAGCUAGCUAACGUUACUUAACCAUUCGGCUAACUUAGAAACAGCCUCCGAAAAACCUGCUAACGACUUGAAACCACGCACAAGUGAGAGAUAUCAACGCAUCAUAAAUCUUCGGGCUGGUGUCAUAUUUGUAAGCUCUCUCGCCGCCCGGUGUUGCUGCCUCCCCCGGUGGUUGGAUUCAUGAGCACGCUCAGUGAAGGCCGUGCGUAGUCCUCGGGGAUGGGGAGUGGAGUCCAGGAACAGCGGGCAUCACUCACGCAGGGAGAAGUGCUGCCGCGGGCUUCCUCCAGUCAGUCAGAGGGCCUGAAGCACACUCGGUCUGUCAUCAACUCACUCUUCUCAGGGGCUUUAGCAGGAGCUGUGGCCAAGACAGCUGUCGCCCCAUUGGACAGGACUAAAAUCAUCUUCCAAGUGUCUUCAGCAAGAUUCUCUGCCAAGGAGGCCUACAGGUUGAUCUACCGCACCUACCUGAAGGAUGGCUUCUUCAGUCUGUGGAGGGGCAACUCUGCCACCAUGGUGCGAGUCAUCCCAUAUGCUGCCAUCCAGUUCUGUGCACACGAGCAGUACAAGGGGCUGCUGGGAGGCUACUAUGGCUUUCAGGGGAAAGCCCUGCCUCCAUUUCCAAGGUUACUGGCAGGGUCUAUGGCUGGUACCACGGCAGCCAUGCUGACCUAUCCUCUGGACAUGGUGCGAGCAAGGAUGGCUGUAACGCCAAAGGAAAUGUACAGUAACAUUCUGCACGUAUUUGUGCGGAUAUCACGAGAAGAGGGGCUGAAGACACUGUAUCGAGGCUUUACUCCCACCAUUCUGGGCGUUGUGCCCUAUGCUGGUCUCAGCUUCUUUACCUAUGAGACACUGAAGAAACUACACUCAGAGCGCAGUGGGCGCCCACAGCCCUACUCAUAUGAACGUCUGGCGUUUGGAGCCUGUGCGGGUCUUAUCGGCCAGUCGGCAUCUUACCCUCUGGAUGUGGUGCGACGGCGCAUGCAGACUGCGGGAGUCACGGGUCACACAUACAGCACCAUCCUGGGCACCAUGAGGGAGAUUGUUUCUGAGGAGGGGGUUGUCCGUGGACUCUACAAAGGUUUGAGUAUGAACUGGGUCAAAGGGCCCAUUGCGGUGGGGAUCAGCUUCACCACCUUCGACCUUACUCAGAUCCUCCUGAGGAAGCUGCAUCAGAUGGGCUAUAUGGCUCGAUAAUAGCGGUACAGAGCGGAGGAAAACGGGGAUAGUGGGAUGAGGAGAUCCCCACACACCGUCUGAAGAGAAAGAAAGGAAGUGAGAGUGUGUACAGCUGAAUAAAAGCAAACGCACGCCGGCUCAGGACAUGUGGGUACUAUUAAUGCAUUCUCUCGCUUUAUCUGAGUGCAGCAGGGGACGUGCAGUCCCUGUCAGUGUGAGGUGUGUUGGAUGGUACUCAGUAUCUGUACACACUGUUGUCAUGUACAUCUAAGUGCAAUAUGCUCAGUGAUUUUAUGCGUGUACACAUAAAUUAUAUAAUGCUCCUGCCCUUGUGGACCAGGCCUGUGACUCCAUAUGUUAAUCAGAAAGCUUAGAGGUUCACACAUACACACACACAUCAAGGCCUGCCUUGUGUGUCCGCUUAAAACUGACAACUUCCAAUGCAAUGCAGGUUGCCACUCAUUUACUUUGAAGAUGGUUUUUAUUUAGAGUGAAAUAUGCCCCUUGAGAUUUGUUUUGAGUGAGUUUGUUUUGAGGAAUUAUACCAAAGGUUAGGAUUUGAGCUAGCUGCAGAUUAUAUGUUUGUGGUGUUUAGUAUAUUAAAGCACAAAAGUUCUCAGUGUGUGAAUUAAGAACAAAAAUCUAGGCCAUCACAGAGGUGACAGCAUUUUAACUGCCAUCACAUGGUCAGUCUGUUGUUGAUUAUAUUGAAAUCACUGUGGAUGGCCCUGUUUACACCUGGCGUUAGCAUGUGUUAACGAUAGGUGUUUUUUCAACUGAUUUGACUGUUGGUGCAAAAUGUAUGAAAGAACAUAAUUUUAUUGACUGUAAACAUGUCAAAUUUGACCUGUACAGUUAUCAAUACUACUGCUUUGUCGCCUGUGGAGAAAGUUACAUUUAAAGUCCCCCCAAAAAUCACACUAUUUUAUGAGUUGAGUUUGGAGAAACUUUCCAAACUUUGUGAACAUCUGCCUCUGAUAACAUUUGUAAUUAUUUGGGCAUUCAGCAAAUGUCGCUCAGUAAGAAAUUUCCUUCGUGUGUAUGACGAUCUUGGUAUAUAUAUUGCGUAUAUAUAUUGCGUAUAGAGCUGGGGAGUGAGAUCCGAUCACACGUGGUCACUUGAGAUGCAUGUGGAGACGCAUUUCAAUGCCACGCGUGAACAGACGUACUUAGAGCUGUCCACUUGAGAUCGGAUCACCUCAGACGCAUGGUAGUGGCAGGUGUAAACAGGCCCUGUGAGUCCAGUAUCUUUUAGUGGAGCGCCUAAAUUGAAUUCACAGACUUUUAUUUGCUGCUCUGUUGACAGCAGACAGAUGAGCUGUAUUUUAUGCCAGUGCCAACAGAUUAUAGUAUAAAGAGUGCCCAAAUUAUUUUGUUUUCACUAUAAUCAUAUAAUGGGCUUUAUAAAAUGUUGUCAAUUGUGAUAGACAGUUUUGUUGUCAGAAGUAUUAAUACAGACGAUGGUUAGACAGAAAGAUCUCUGUGCUAGUUGAGAAGACUAACUGAGCAGUUUGACCUCAUAUUGACAUACAGUCCAUGUAAUGCAUGUCAAGCGGUUUGAUAGGUCAUUUUCCAAAUGUGACAUCACAUACACUGAUUUAGCAGUUCAGUUUGCACAGUCUAACGUAAUCCAGUGCAACAGUGAAUACUACCUGGUGAAAUGAAGUUUACGUGUUGCUUCAACUCACUUGAUCUUUUAGUGGUAUCAUUUUGGAUUACAAUACAUUGAAAGGUGUUUCUAAUAUUCUGUCCACCUCUGGUAUGUCACUGCACUGGUAAAGGACACACACACACACACACACACAGAGCUAGAUACACACUUGACAAAUGUUGUCUUCCAUUUGCUGUUGGUGUGGCAGCUGCAGCAUGUUUUGUUGAAAACUUGGCAAGACACUAGUUGAGAUUCUGACAGGUCAUCGUGAGGAUUGGGAGGAUUGCGCUGUAAACACGUUGUGGAGCUGUAGCAGUGUUUGCUAAUGGACUAGCUUGACUGGAAAUAUGCACACACUUAGUGAAGAGCUUGUUUGAGUUCUCUAUUACAGGCAUAAUUUAGUAUAUUUCAGUUUUCUCAGUAUUGUACUUUACCUCAGCACAGAAAUUCUCACAUUUAAGUGUUUUAUGUGGACUUGUGUCAAAAAUGGGACUAGGUGCUCUGUUUUCUUUUAACCAUACGUGACAGUGUUCCAGCAGUAUUGAUGCAGCUUACCGUCACUGGAAGGCGUUAAUGGUUUCUAUACUUAGAGCACAUGUACGGAGGCAGGGUGGCUGAGCCGGUCGAGCAGCUGGGUGCAGAGCCAAGUGGAGCAGAGGGCAGGAAGGUGUCGGCUGUACAGAAUAAAGCAGGAAGUAUGCUCUGCGAAACAGGUGCAUUUUUGUAUAUAAAAGAACGACUCCAUUUUUCAGAAUUUAUUAAUCCAUAUAUUUUCUGAAUUAUCAGAAGAAAAUGACAUUUCUUAUGUGUUCUCAUUAGAAAACAACCCCAAAUAUUCAUUUCAUAACGUUGUAAAACUUUAUGCAUCUGCGAACCUCUAAUCAGCAAAUGUUUCAUGUUUUCACUAUUUUAAAGACUGACCGAUAACCAAAAUUGGGAUUGUGGCAUUUUUUUUGUCCAUUAACUUAUGAAUUUAUUAAAUAAUUAUUUCUGUUUUAGGACUUGAUAUAAUUUUUACUGAUGCUAAUGCUAAUAUGAUAACUUAGUGUUUGCUCUAAUAUUACAAUAAUACUUUUUAGAUAUCUAUGGAAUAUAAGUAUUUAUCUUCAACCCUUUUAUUUCAUCAAGCAAAAGAGGCUGAACUUCUUUAAUGUUAAAUGUUUGUAAACACAAGCAGCAUACAAAAACUUUUCCUGGACAAACUGGUAAAGUUAGGGUUUAAAUCAGGAGAGUCUGAAUCUGAGCAAGCAGUUGUUGUCAGCUGCUCGGGAUUUUUUGGUCAGUACCAAAAAAGGUGUUGAGACCCGAUACCCAGCCCUGUCCAGCAGGCUACUGAACUUUACCCCCAUUCACUUAACUCUCCCCUGACCUGCCUCUGUCUCACCAUCAUAUAUCAUUUAUCACCUGUUCAUCCAUUGUUUUCCUCAUUGUCCGGUGAACCAGAACUGUAGCAGCGCUCUGGUGAUUGACACCUAAACAUAGUCAGAUAUUAUUCUAAUCAGCAAACGGUGGGAAACCACGAUUCAUUCGGGUUAAUAGCAGAACAGUAGAUGCAAGUUUGGUCUUCUAACAUCAGUGUGUCAGCCCUCGCUUGGGUCGCAGGAGGCGGACACUGUAGCUGAGUUUAGAUCAAUGACUGCUUGAAACAUGCGCAUGUUCUGAGCUGAAGCGUGCAAAGCAGUGAAAGCGUACAGUAACUGAAAGCCGAGUGAAGGGUAGUUACUGACACUUAAGUGCCUAGCAAGGAAUAGUAACGUAUUUACUAUGACUGAGCUACUUCUACUAACCUUUUUGAAGGUUGCUUCCAUUUUCUAGCCUCGCUUCGGUCUUGAAGUUACGAAUAUUUAGGGAGCAGCAGAUGGUUUGAAGGUGGUGUGAAGUUUGGGGGCUGUUAGACCUCUGUGACUGAAUGUAUUACUUCAGGUCCAGUUUUUGUAUGUGAAUUUUGUAAAACUUAAAAACUGCCUUGUAGUGUAUUUGCUGUUUAGGGUGACAUGCGUGAUCCAUGGCCCCCUAACAGACUCGACCAAUCCAUUCCAACCAGUCUAGGACACAGAAAGAGUUUAAAAGUACAUUUAAUGGUUAUUUGUACCCUGAUUUUAAUUGGAAGAUUGUAAGUAAUGACCAUUUUGAUGUUACACUCUCCGUAUUGAUCUACCUGUAGAUCAAAUGAAAUGGGUGAACACAUGAUGAAAUACACUAGAGUUGACAACAAGCUUGGAAAGCCCCCCAGACAAUCAUGAAAUGCCAAAUGACAUGCUUUUGUUUCAAAUGAAAAGUGAUUUUUUUUUUUUUGUUGAGAACCCGACAGUGGCUUAAUGAGGAGGGAUACUGAAACACUACGACAAAACUCUGCAAACUCAAACUCUGGUAAAAGAUGUGAUUAUAUUUGCUCUCUUGAAAGCAGAUUGAAUUGUUGUAACCCUAUUUGUGGGUAAUCCUACAUAGACCUGCAGGCAUACAACGCCACUGUGUUUGCAUGUUUACAACAGAUCAUCUUGUAUUUUCUUGUGUUUCAGUGCUGCAGUGAUGCGACGGCUGUUUUGUAAAUCCUAGUGAUUUGUGCCAACUGAAUGUAAACGUACCUACUAAUACAACAACCUGUGUCCAGUCUCUAGUGAUGAUGGCGUAUCUGUAGGAAUGUUUUGAAAUAUCAAAUUCUCAAAUAAAACUGGAUGUUGAUAACA